AUAAAGCAACUCAUUCACCGAUUCAAAACGAAUGACACGAGAAGAAACAGUGAAAUAAUUAAUUGAAAAUGCAACUUGAGAAUGCACCCAUCCUAUCAGACAUGUUUCGCUUAUAAGGUUUCUUACUUGCGACCCUAUAUUAUAGUGGAUGCGAAGUGUUUUAGGUGAUAUAUCAAGUAGUUUUUUAGUUUCAAAAAAAUGUCUGAUCCAACUAUUCAAACAUUCUGUUGUCACCAUGGUAACGGUACCGAUGUAGCUGUGACUGUGAUGCGCGAAUUUGAUACGGAUUCCUAUAAUAUGGUGUGUUUGUUUUCAUCUGGAUUAGGAAUUUUGGGUGCUAUUUAUCAAGUGCUACCAAGGGAACAAUUUACCAACAGUCAUAGAUGGUCAUCGUUUUCUGCAGAAAGAGGAAGAAGAAUUAUAGUGUGGCUCGCUGUAGCUGAUUUGUUAGCAGCUGUAGGAGUAUUUGCCCGAUCAAUGAUAUGGAUCAACAAGAAAAACAUCAUGCCAGCAUUCGACGACGAUGCCAGCGUCUUAUUUUGCGCAAUAUCUUCCGCCCUCACUCAAUAUUUUUAUACAUCGACAUGGAUCUGGACCUUAUGCUAUGCCAUAGAUAUGAGAUUUGUACUGAAGCAAGCUGAAAGUUGUCACAAACAUUAUCAUUGUUUCGCUUGGACAAUACCGGCAAUUUUAACAACCAUCGGCUUGUCACUCUUGUAUUAUCCAAAUGCGAAUUGCCAUACGUCAUCCUCUUGGUGCAAAGCCUUAGUAAGGAUUCUUCCCAACUACAUUGUUACAUACGUCCCAAUGUUAGUUGUUAUGAUAGCAAAUCCGAUCCUCUACAGAUAUUCGAUAAAGGACAUGAAAAAUAUCAUAACUUGUUCCUCGGGACAAUUUACUAGUAGAGAAAGGGAUAUUUUAGAAGCAAUUAAAAUUAAAUUUUCUGUGAUAAAUAUGGUGUUCUACAUUUGUUGGGUUCCUAAUUUGAUUAAUGGUGUGAUGUUAUGGUCGCAAUGGUUCCAUUUACCGGAAGAGUACAUGAUAGCUGUUUGGUAUGUUAUGGCUUUUACAAAUCCUCUGCAAGCAUUCUUCAAUGCACUUGUGUACAGAAGAUGGAGUGUGGGAUCAGAAAAAGUCGUUUUACCUUGGAGGCAUUAUGAGAUUUCUGAUUAUCAUGUAACGAGGUCCACUGGCAGUGAAACUUCUGGAGAAUCUAGGAAUACUUUUAGGGAGGAAAUAUAUCCAUUGUUACAUAGUUCGCCUUCUAGAAGUGUAAAUGGGUACAAAACUUUGGCAUAAAUUUUUUUUUAUAGAAAAUGAGUGAAUACUUUUUCUGAUUUGAAAUUAGGACUUUCUGUAAUAAGUUAUAGGUACCUAGAAGAAAAGCGUCUGAUUGCACGAAAUAACAUACCUUUUUGCAUGGUAAACGUAGUUUUUAGCUAUUUAUUUAGGAUUUUAUUGUACUUUUUGUAUUUUUGUUUAAAUAAGGGUAUUUUAUGUAAAAUGUAAAAUGCCUAAUGUUUUAUUAUUAUACGUACCUAUUUUUUUAGCCUA